UUUGAAGGUUUCUCGGUUGCUUCUUACAAACUUGACAGCUUGAUCUUUCGGCGGCUCGGCAGUCGCUUUCACCCGACGACAAUGCUGCUGCGCGGAUUUUCUUCUCGUCUGGGCCAGGUGCGUGCCAGCGGCGCCGCCCGCGCCGCCCCGGCGCUCCAGCACCGCAGCCUCUCCGCAGCGCUGAUGGGGGCCUUCUCCUCAGCGCCGGGGGCGCCGCUGCGCGCGGGACCGCUCCCCGGCCGUCCCCAGCUCGCGCCGUCGCUGCUGCGCGCCGCCGCCACGGAGGCUGCUCCCCCCCCGACUGAGGAGACGUUCACCUACCAGGCCGAGGUUGACCGGCUGAUGGACAUCAUCGUCAACUCGCUGUACAGCAACCGCGAGGUAUUCCUCCGGGAGCUGGUCUCCAACGCCUCAGACGCGCUGGAUAAGGCCCGCUUCCUGUCCGUGACGGACCCCUCCGUGCUGGCGGGGCGGGAGGAGCUGGAGAUCCGGAUCAGCGCCGACAAGGACAAGGGGACACUCACCAUCGAGGACUCGGGUAUUGGUAUGACCCGCGAGCAGCUGCUGUCCAACCUGGGCACCAUCGCCCGCUCCGGAACCCGCAAGUUCAUGGAGGCCAUGGCAUCCAAGGGGGACUCCAACCUCAUCGGUCAGUUCGGAGUCGGCUUCUACUCGGCCUUCCUGGUGGCCGACCGGGUGCGGGUGCAGUCGCGGAGCCCCGAGGAGCCCCGGCAGUGGGUGUGGGAGGCGGUGGCGGGGAGCCACCAGUACACCCUCAAGGAGGACACCGUCGCGGACCUGGUGCGGGGCACGAGGAUUACCCUGCAUCUGAAGGAGGACGCUGCGGAGAUGGCUGACCCUGUCCGCAUCACCCGCCUCAUCAAGCAGUACUCGCAGUUCAUCGCCUUCCCCAUCAAGGUGUACAGCCCCAAGAAGGAGCCCCGCAAGGUGGUGGACCCGGAGGGCACUCGCAGGAAGCAGGAGGCGGCGGAUAAGAAGGCCGCGGAGAAGGGGGAGCCCAGCAGCCCGGUGGAGCCGGUCAUGAAGACCGAGUACGAGGAGGUUUGGGACUGGCGGCUGGAGAACGAGAACAAGCCCAUCUGGACCCGCAGCCCCAAGGACGUGUCUGAGACCGCCUACAACGACUUCUUCAAGGCCACAUUCGGUGAGUUCCUGGACCCGCUGGCCCACGUGCACUUCAACGUGGAGGGGACCUUCGAGUUCUCCGCCAUCCUCUACCUGCCGGGUAUGGCGCCGUUCGAGCAGCAGAACAUGAUGCAGCGCUCCAAGUCCAUCAAGCUGUACGUAAAGCGCGUCUUCAUCAGCGACGAGUUCGACGAGGACCUCAUGCCGCGAUACCUGUCGUUCGUGAAGGGCGUGGUGGACUCCUCAGAUCUGCCGCUCAACGUCAGCCGCGAGAUCUUGCAGGAGUCGCGGAUUGUGCGUGUCAUCAGGAAGCAGCUGGUGCGCAGGUCCAUUGAAAUGAUGGAGGAGCUGGCCGCCAAGGAGGGCGGCGAGGACUACAAGACAUUCUGGGAGGCGUUCGGCCGCAACAUCAAGUACGGUGUGGUGGAGGACACUGAGAACCGGGAGAAGCUGUCCAAGCUGCUGAGGUUCCACUCCUCCCAGUCGGAGGAGAACCCCACUUCGCUGGACGAGUACAUCAGCAGGAUGAAGCCAAAGCAGAAGUCCAUCUACUACAUGGCCGCGGACAGCGUUCAGGCGGCCCGUGCGGCGCCGUUCGUGGAGGCCCUGGUGGCCAGGGGCAUUGAGGUGCUCUACCUGACGGAGCCAAUUGACGAGGCCUGCGUCACCAACCUGGCCAAGUACGGCGACAAGGACACGCCGUACGACCUGGUGGACGUCAGCAAGGAGGGCGUUACGUUGGACGAGGAGGGUGAGGAGGAGAAGGCGGCGGCGGAAGCGGCCGCGAAGGACAUGCAGCCUGUCGUGGAGUUCCUCAAGAAGGCCCUGGGUGAGCGCGUGGAGAAGGUGACGGUGUCCACCCGGCUGCUGGACUCCCCCUGCGCGCUGGUGACGUCCAAGUUCGGCUGGUCCGCCAAUAUGGAGCGCAUCAUGCGCAGCCAGGCGAUGGGGGAUGCACGCGCCAUGGAGUACAUGCGGGGUCGCAAGAUCAUGGAGAUCAACCCCAAACACGACAUCAUCUCCGGAAUCAAGACGUUGCUGCAGGAGAAGGAUGAGGAUCGAGCUCGCGACCUCGCGGAGUUGCUGUACGAGACGUCUCUAAUCACCUCGGGCUUCCAGGUGGACUCCCCCAAGGACUACGCCUCUAAGGUUUUCACGCUCAUGAAGAUUGCACUGGGGUACGACAUCCUGUCAGAGGUGGAGGAGCAACAGCAGGCGCAGGCGGCCGCGGCGGCAGCCACGACAACCGCCUCAACCCCGGCGGCGGCCUCAGCAGCAGCACCGCAGCGGCCGGUGGCGACGCCGGUGGACGCCGAGGUGGUUUCGGAGGAGGACCCUUGGAAGAAGAUGUAA